AUGAAAUUUCUAACUACAAAUUUUUUGAAAUGCUCGGUUAAAAGCUGCGACAACAGCAAUUUAAACUUCCCCCUACAUUAUGAUGGUGCAAAUUGCCAACUUGAGCAAGAUGAAAGCAUUGAAUUCAACCCUGAGUUCCUACUUAGAAUCAUAGAUAGAGUCGAUUGGCCAGCAGUAGUGACUGUAGCAGCAGAUCUAGGUAACAAAGAACUUCCACAACAAAAACCUGAAUUUGAAGAGAACUUGACAGACGAAGACAUGGUCAUCUUGAGAGACUUGCAUACGUUGUUGAUCCAAACAAACAUUAAGGAAGGCCAAAUGGAAUGUAAGAAUUGCGGACAUGUAUAUUACAUUAAGAACAGCAUUCCAAAUUUACUACUACCUCCACAUUUAGCAUGA